GUGCUUGUAGGGUUCACUCAAAUCUUGAUAUUGGUGAAUUUGUAGGUCGUUGGCUUCUAGAAAUCGAGCCUGAAAAUGCUGGGAACUAUGUUAUUCUUUCUAAUUUAUAUGCUUCUGCAGGAAGAUGGGAAGACGUGAGAGUUUUAAGAGAAUUAAUGAUGCAGAAGGUUGUGGUAAAAGAGCCAGGAAGAAGCUGGAUUGAGCAUGAUCAAGUCCUUCAUACAUUUCAUGCCAACGACCGGUCUCACCCGAGGAGAGAAGAGGUCUUUGUUAAGUUAAAAGAAGUAUCGGUAAGGUUGAAAGAAGCUGGCUAUGUUCCUGAUUUGAGCUGUGCUUUACAUGAUGUGGAUGAAGAGCAGAAGGAGAAGAUGCUGCUUGGCCAUAGUGAAAAACUAGCCUUGACAUACGGGUUGAUUGUUGUUCCUGAAGGAGCUCCGAUUCGUGUCAUUAAGAACCUCAGAAUCUGUGCAGAUUGCCACAGUUUUGCAAAAAUGGUGUCGAAAGUCUAUGGCAGAAAAGUAUGUUUGAGAGAUAAAAACCGGUUCCAUCUCAUCACUGGUGGAAUCUGUUCUUGUGGAGACUAUUGGUGAAUUAGAAAUUUAGUGUUAUAAAUCCAUGGUUGUUUAUAUUCACAAUCUGCGUUAUGUUUCUGGGUUAAAAGAAAUCCAGAAGUAAAUCAUUGUCAAUACAAGAUUUGCUUGGAAGAUAAAAUUGAUCUAUAGAAGAAAAAAAAUCACAAAUCCAGUUCUAAUAUUUUAGUGGCCAAAUGGGUUUUGUCCGGUUCGAACCCGCGCUCUCUUUGAGGAAAGAAGGUAAAUAACUCAGCUGUUUUAUUUAUCUAUUUUUAUUAUACUUUAAAGGGAUCUCUAAACGACGUCGGAUAUAUUUAACAAGUACAUAAUGUAAGAAGUGUUUCCAAACGGUGUCGUUUUC